CCGGUAUGUGACGUAUUACGUCUGCGACUUUGCGGAAUUACGUCACUAAGUAAUAUGGCGACCUACAGGGUGAAUUGUGGCAGCGUGAUUCCCAGCCUGUGAUCUGGAGCUAACUAUUUAAAAACAGAACUGUCAGCCCCGGCGGUAAUACGGAAGCAUUUUUUACAAGUCCACUGAAGAAUCUUACUUAACCUAGUCACUGCACAAAAGAAAAUGUCUGCAUACAAGCCCGUCGCCAUCCCCUCCUUCCCUAAACUUGGUGAGAAGAUCACACAAGACACAUUGUACUGGAAACAUUACAAGACACCUGUUCAAAUUAAGGAAUUUGGGGCAGUAACAAAAAUAGACUUCUCACCUGUGCAGCCGUGUAAUUAUGCAGUCACGUCAUCUACACGCAUUCACAUCUAUGGACAGUACUCUCAGGAGCCUAUCAAAACAUUCUCACGCUUCAAGGACACUGCAUAUUGUGGAACCUAUAGAAACGAUGGAAAACUUGUGGUUGCUGGUUGUGAAGAUAGUGUUGUUCAGCUAUUUGACGUCGGUGGAAAAGCUUCACUGAGACAAUUUCAUGGGCAUAGCAAAGCAGUGCAUUUUGUGGACUUCACAGGUGAUAAGUACCGGAUUGUGUCUGGUGCUGAUGACUAUGCAUCUAAAGUCUGGGACAUUCCAAACAGCACUGAAAUAGUUUCUUACAAGGAGCAUACAGACUAUGUGAGGUGUGGCUGUACCAGCAAACUCAAUGAUAACAUUUUUGUAACAGGCUCGUAUGAUCACACUAUCAAAGUAUUUGAUGCAAGAACAGAGCACAGUGUUAUAAACAUGGAGCAUGAGCAUCCGGUGGAGAGUGUACUUCUCUUUCCUUCUGAAGGGCUUCUGGCAUCUGCAGGUGGUCGUUUUGUUAAAAUCUGGGACAUGCUUAAGGGAGGGCAGUUGCUAGUUUCUCUAAAGAAUCACCACAAAACUGUUACCUGUCUGUGUCUAAGCAGCUCUGGCCAAAGGCUACUAUCAGGGUCACUAGACAGGCAUGUUAAAGUGCACAGCACAACCAACUAUAAAGUAGUUCACAGCUUUGAUUAUGCUGCCUCGAUUCUAAGCCUUGCAUUAGCUCCCGAUGAUGAUAUGAUUGUGGUUGGAAUGACCAAUGGUGUGUUGAAUAUCAAACAUCGGAAACGUGAAGAAAAGAAACUGUCUCAAUCAAGUGUAAAGAAGAGACAUCCAAGAUACAGAGUGUUUGUAAAAGGCAAAGACUAUAUGCCCAAGCAGGAUGACAUUUUCGUCAGUAAACCAGUAACAGAACACUUGAGAAACUAUGACAGACUACUGAAAGGUUUUGAGAUGUCAAAAGCACUGGAUGCUGUCUUGGUGCCUGGCAUAAGGCUUUCAACACCUGAAGUUACAGUGGCUGUCAUGAAUGAGUUGAACCGCAGAGGAACGCUUAAAAAUGCCCUGGCAGGUCGAAAUGAGAAAGAACUAAGCACUCUUAUGCUCUUUCUUUUAAAAAAUCUUGCAGAUCCAAGGUUUUCUCAGAUUCUGGUGAAUGUGGCAGAACAAAUUAUUGAUAUCUAUGCUCCUAUUAUUGGACAAUCUUCUGUAAUUGAUCAACAAUUUUUAAAGCUUCAAGAUCUCAUACAAAAAGAAAUUUCUUACCAAGAAGAACUUUUAGAAGUAUUGGGCAUGAUGGACACACUGUUUGCAACAAUGACAACUAAAAAACAAACUGUAUUGGAAGAGAAAAUGCUCUCAACUGCCCAAGACUUUGAACCAAAGAAUGUGACAACUUUAAACCAAACUGCAUGAUUUUGGAAUUCCAAAUGGACAUUGACCAUCUUUUUAUACCAUUUUUUUAAAAUAUAUUUUUGUUCAGAACAUCACCAUCUUUAGACAUUGGAUCUAUGAUUGUCUACCAUAAUGUAUAUUAAAUAGUCGUGUCCCAGAAACCUUUUCAAUUUGAAAAGCAUCUCUAAAUGUACUUUUAAAGUUUAAAAACUGCCUUGCCACUUGAUGUGUGCAGAUGCCAUUUUCCAUGUGGUUGAAUGUGUAUUAGAAAAUAAAUCCACAUUCUGUUUGGUUCUCAAACUACAAGUAA